CAACCUCGUUAGAUUAUACAGACCUACUCGAAAGAGAGAGAAACCUUUUGCAAGUCAAUGAAAAACGAGUUUCCGACGACAUGAAGAUUGCACCAGUUAUAUCGGCAGCUCUCGAAAUUGUUCUCCUUGUGGUAGGAACCGGUCUAGUCGGUCAUUUUAUGAAGGAGCUGCAUGAUGAUUAUGACAAACAAGAUGAAAGUUAUAACCUUGGUUUUUAUGGCAGACACGAAUUCUACUUGUUCUCCACUUCUCUUGGAGUGAUCAUCGCAAUUUGCUCUAUCGUGGAAGCAAUCACUGGAAUUCUCGAGAAAAAGGGUGGAGUACUCGUCAUGGCGGUCGUUCAUGCAUUAUGGGCAUUUCAGCUAGUGGUUGCAACAGCUUUGCUUGCCAAAGUCCUUACCACAUAUGAAGAUAAAGGAGAUCUUCCUAUAUCUCUUUGUGAUGUCUAUGAUAAGUCUGAUAAAGAUUACCAAUGCAGUGAAUUGAUCGGUGGGGUGGCAUGCGGUUUCAUCGCCGCUGUAAUCUUCAUAAUUGACGCCGUCCUCUACAUUAUUCUGCCGAGUGAGCAAAAGUAAUUUUUAUAUGUUAUGUAUCCGUACUUGGACCACACCGCCAAAUUUGCCUGCAUGAUUAAUUUUGAUAUGUAGAGGUUAAACCAGGGGCGGUCGAGACAUGCUUGAAGGCCAGAGGGAUUAUAAUCCAUCUCCCAGAGGUAGAUGCUCCCCACAUUGAUAGUUUGAGAAUGACUUGAAAUAAAAUCGAAUUUCUCAUCAUCGCAAAUUUUUGUCGACUCAUACUUUGAGUAAACAGGAUGCUUUCUGAGUAUAUUUCAGUUCCCUGUAUGGUUACUAUUCAGGUUAAACAUGCUUUUUUAUGGCCGAUCUCACAAAUAUAUGAUCGCAUAAAGUUUAAAGUCAACCCACACCCCGAGAAAAAAUAUAUUCCGUCGCCCCUGGUUCAGCAUUUAGUUCAGUAGGAUGAUUGCCAUUUUUUUUUCAAUAAUAAACGAAAUAAUAAAUCUAAAUGUUUAGUAUUUGUUGCAGUUAUUAUACUCCGGCGU